AUGGUAGAGAGGACCAACAGAAUCACCUUCUUUUCCAACAUUUUUGCGAUCACACUGUUAGUACUGGCGUCGAACUACUCCAAUGAGCCAAUCAACUAUGACGUACCACUGAACGAAGAAAUGAACUACCUAAUGGGGAACCAUGUAGGUGCUAGAACGAGCAGACUGUUGGCACAAAGAGCAACGGAUGCAAAUCUUCGAAAAAAGAAACCUCUUUUAAAAAGUAAAACAAAAGUUCUCCACGAUGCCGACGGCAUCACUGAUAGUGAGACCUCGUUAAUUAAUGAAAGUACUGAUUCAAUUAGCUCCCUCAUUACGAACGAACGUUCUGGUGCAAGCUUGGAUGACCUUAGUACUCUGAAUAGUUCGGAUUCGCUAAAUUCCGAGGCGCCUUCAGAAGCGAGUACAUUCCAGAACAACACCAUGUCCAGCGUGGAUUCGCUAAAUUCCGAGGCGCCUUCAGAAGCGAGUACAUUACAGAGCAACACCAUGUCUAGCGUGGAUUCGCUAAAUUCCGAAGCGCCUUCAGAAGCGAGUACAUUACAGAGCAACACUAUGUCUAGCGUGGAUUCGUUAAACUCCGUGGCGCCAUCAGAAGCGAGCACAAGCCAAAGCAGCAGCAUUUCAAGCAAGACUACAUCCACAAUGAAGGGCCACAUUAACAAAUCGAAAAAAAAUAAUAAUAUUGACAACAGCAUGUCCAGUAUGGAUUCCUUAAAUUCAGUAACUUCCUCAGAAUCGAGUAAAUUCCAGAGUAGAGAUUUUUCCAGUGCCAAUAAACGCAAAUUUGGUGAUCUCUUUAACAAAAUGCGUAAAUAUGCCCAUAGCAACAGCAUGUCUACUGCGGACUCCCUAAGCACCAUGGACCAUUCAGAUGGGAGUUUGUACGAUAGUGAUAACCUAUCGAGUGUAGGUUCACGAAGAAUGAGGAGAAACUAUAGAGGAAUUGAUAUGCAUGGUAGUAAUGCCUCCAGCUUGAAUUCGUUUAGCAUGAUGGAUGUUGCGGACGAUGACCAUUUCAGUAGAAAUUCUAUGUCUAGUAUGAACACUUUCGGAAUCAUGGACGACGGUUCAACUUUUCGAGAUUACUCAGAUUAUGGGUAUACAGACUAUGAUGGAUCUUCUUUUGGCUCACGAAGAAGAUACGGUAAAAGAGGUAAAUACGAUUCCUAUGAUCAUUACGGAAGUGGUUACUACAGUCAUGACACAGGAUAUGGGAUGUCAGAAUAUGGUGAUGGUUCGUCCUUAUCAUCAUUUCCUCUGGUGAAACAGUCCUACGAUUUAUGUCAGGCACCCCCCAGACCAAAAAAAUAUGGAAUAACUGCAAUUAUUAAGCAAAUGGAUAGAUCGUAUGAGAAACAAUUUACGAGGCUCCUUAACAAAGAUCACAGAAAUACUAGAGAUGGUGAAAGCAAAAGCUCUAGGAAGGCCAAGAUUUACGCCAAAGUUCUUUCUCCACUCAUAGCUAGCGCAACAGUUAUACUUAUCAUGAUGUGGUUUGGAUAUUCCACUCCGUUUAUUUAUGCUGGAGGUGCAUUAUACCUAGUAGCCUCAACAUACGUUUAUAAAAAAUACAAGAAAUGUGCUAAAAGGCAUGACCAGCAAAAUGCUCUUCGCUACCCAAUGAGAAGGCCCAUUGCUUUUUAA